CUUCUUCUCGAUUCUUCCUCCCGACAAACCCCCAAGCCACCGACUCUCUCCCCCUUGAGAAAACCGGUGAGAUCUUGAUGAAAUUCCUUCCUUUUCUGGUUCAAUCACAAGAUUUGGGGCUUAGAAUUCUCUCCCUCAACCCAGAAAUCCCGGUUCUGCUCUGCUCUUUUCCCCUGUCUGUCGGCUGCCAUGUGGGUUUGAAUUUUUGGGCAUUUUUCGGGUAAGCCACAGCCAUGGAAAUCAUCUCCUUAGCUUUGAUUUGGCUUGGGUUACUCUAAUUUCUGUUUUGGUUCUUGAAUUUGGGUUAAUUCCGUGAGCUUCCCCUGCACUUGCCGCCGGCUUCUUCUCCCUGCCAGCUCCGGUUUGCUUGCUAGAAUUCUGGUUUUGAUCGUUCUGUUACCGUAGCACUUGGGUUAGCCUUCUGUUCUGUGUGAGUAAGGUAAGUAAAUCAUGGUAAAGCCCUUCGAUUUUAAAGCAUGUUUUAAACUGUUUUUGAGAUGGUGGCAAGGUUUAAAUUGAUUUUAAAUUGAUUUUAUCAACAUCUGAAUGUGAUUAAACUGAAAUGAAAAUUGUGAUGAUUUUUAUGAAAAUCAUUGUUUUUCUGGAAUUGAGUGUGAUUGGAAUGAAAAUGAGGAUUUUAUUGAUUUUCUGGAAAUGAGCAUGAUUGAGAAAUGAAAAUGAGAAUUUCCUGGUUUUUCUAGAAAUGAGUAUGAUUGAUUUGAAAUAAGAUUAUUAGUCUUUUUGUAUUGAUUUGAGCAUGCCUACUUGAAGUUCAUGUGAUGGUCCUGACGAUUUGAAAGUUAAUUGUAAAGAAUGAUUUUCUGUUAACUUCUGCCUGUUUUGUCUCCGUUGUGGUUAUGAUUAUUAAUGAUCCUGCUAGUGGGGGUGAAACGCUAGCACAUGUCGGCACAUGUCGAUAUGUUAUUGAUGAUCCUGCUAGUGGGGGUUUUUGCUGAUUGUGACAAAUGUGGGUUCCACGAAUAACUUUACUCUUCUGUUAGUACAAAGAAAGGAAGGAAAACCCUUUCCGCGCCGUCGCCGGGGAAGAACAAGAAUCGCGCCGCCUAAUUGGAAAAAUUCAAGACUGAUUCGGGUCAGCAACUUCAUCAUAGAGUUGAUGAAAUCGGUCGCUGUUAAUCUGCGCCGUCGCCAUGACCUUCGCACUCCAUGGGGGUCAGAAAUUGCAGACCGAGAGUUCUUCCACCUGGUCUCGUUGCGGCUAAGCGGUGCAUUGCGCAGUAACAAUUUCGUGAUUCUCAUCUACAUGACCCUAAUGUUCUUCCUCAUCCUGGGACUCGUCGUCUUCACCGCCUCGUUAUUAUCGUGAUUUGGUGACUGAGGAUGCCACUGUAAAGGAGACUUGAUUUAGCUUCCUGAGCAUUAGAUCCUUCCAUAAACUUAAGUGAAUAUGUAUAUUAUGUGGUCUGUUGCUGGUCUUCAUUGAUGUUCAAGCAGUUGUAUUUUAUCUUUAGGUUUAAUCCUUCAUUGGCAUACUUAAAAGAGUUCAGAAGGUUAGAUUUCAUGGUGUCUAUUGGAUUCCUUUCUUGUCUGUUCAGAAUGUGUCUUCUUUAGUUUCUGUGAUACAUUCUGUCAAGCAGAACCAUUUUGGCAAUGGGAAGAAGAAGAAUCUGUUUUGCAGUUUGCUUGGUGGACACCCAUAUCUGUUACUGCGAUACAGGUAUUUGUUUAAAAAAAAAGGUUACAUUUU